AAACGUUUCGUGGAGCAAGCCACUAAGCGCAACCCUUGCAUCCUUCUCUAAUCUUCAAUAUUCAAUCCCUCUUAUACAAUCAUGUCUGCAGAAACUGCUACCCAGCCUCAGACCCAGAUUCAGACUUCUCCAUCAGCCAGGCGUGGCAAACGAGGCGGACACAGAGGCCAAGGCGGUCAACGCGGAGGCGGUGGUAAAUCCCGAGGCCGCAAGGAUCCAAGUGCAACCGCACCAGCCGACCCCGUUCUUACUCAGCCAACUCAGAGCGAAGUCGCGCCUGCUCCAGAAGCCACAGACGACUCAGUGGUAUGCUGGAUCUGCGCAGAGCCCGUCAAAUACUACUCAGUAUCAGCGUGCAACCACCGGACGUGUCAUGUCUGUGCUCUACGCUUAAGAGCACUUUAUAAGAAGCUGGAUUGUACAUUUUGCAAGGGGGUGAUAUUCACGACUUCCCCCGAUGCGCUUUUUUCUUCUUACACCCCCGACAUGAUCCCGCAUAAAGACUCCAAGUUAUUAAUCUAUUUCGAGUCCACUGAUAUGAUGGAAGAGACGCUUAUUCUUCUACGCUUCAAUUGUCCUGACUCGCAGUGCGAUUAUACCGCGACUGGAUGGGGUGAUCUUAAAUUACACGUCCGGGGUACGCACGGAAAGAUGAUGUGUGACCUGUGUAUCCGAUUCAAGAAAGUUUUCAGUCACGAGCACGCUUUGUACCUCCCCAACGUUCUACCUUUACACUUGCCGUCUAUGCCGCAUCGGUCUCAUAAACAAGUGACAAAAGAGCCUAUUGAAGGCGGCGUACAUCCAUUAUGCGGCUUCUGCAAAGAAUGUUUUUUCAGUGAUGAUGAGUUGUAUGUUCAUAUGCGCGAACGACACGAGGAGUGCUUCAUUUGCAAACGGAAUGAAGUACGAGAUCAAUACUUUCAAGACUAUGAGGCCCUUGAACAACAUUUUAAUCAAGGGCAUUUUGCGUGUUCAAAACCUGCCUGUCAGGCUCAAAAAUUUGUGGUGUUUGGAUCUGCGAUCGAUCUCAAGGCGCAUCAGGUCGAAGUGCAUGGAGCAGAGAUGACUUCAAGAGAUAAGAAGAAUACUCAGCGUGUUGAGGCAGAGUUUGAAUUUGGGGAUGCUGGUGGUGGGCGUAGGGGCAGACGGGACCGGGAACGAGAACGAGAACGAGAACAUGAGCCGCCGCCUGCUGCGCAGCCUAGGGCAGUGGCAAGACGCAGGGAAGCAUUCGGUGGCCAUCUGACUACAACCAGUUCUCCUGCGCCUAAUGGAGCGCAAACGCCGCAAUCGGCCGGACCUAGCCGACGAGCUUCGCCAUCCCCACAGCGAAACGGAGAAGACGUCGAUCCUGUUGUAGCUCAGCGUCAUGCGGCGUUCAUUUCAAGGUUACAAUCUGUUGCGCCAAACCCUACCACUGCAGUGCUCGCUGCUAAAGCUGCUGUCCGAGGAUUCCGAUUCAACGAAUCUACCGCCCGUGAUCUCAUCUCGACAAUAUGGAACGUUCUGGACAGGAAUUUAGAUGACACUGCGGGUAUUGUCAAUGCUAUCGUCGACUUAUUUGAUGAAGAAGAGAAGAAGUCUAAUCUGCUCUCCUCUUGGAACGGAUUCAAAAUCGAGCAACGUCAGCAGUUUCCUGAUCUAGUACCUCAGGAAGUAGGGUCAGGCUAUGCUGGUAUCGCAUCCGGUCGCGUCUUGAACGUCAAGCAUGCUACCGCCGCGCGAUUUUCGUCACAAUCUUCGAGACAAGUGUGGGAUCGUGUUGCACAGGCGGCUGGAUCUUCUUCAUCCCGCAUUGGCUCCGCUCCUACUCCAAUACCACGACCGCCAGAUAGUUUCCCGGUUCUGACAGGUUCCCGAGCACCGAAAUCGGUACCAACCCCUGUAAUACAGCAACGCGCUGUUGCGAAGAAAGGUCCGCCGCCACCGUCGCUUACAUCUGCUGCUUUUCCAGUGUUACCUUCGUCUGGUAACUCUCGUAUGAAACCGCUAGUCAGCGGGAAUCAGUCUCUACGAAACAUCCUUGGUGAAACUGCUCCGACCGUUGCUGCUUGGAAAAGCAAUGGCACGGCAAGCGGGGGCGGUACUCCGAUACCGGAAGAACAGAAUGUUGCCGAAGAGACUGCUAGUGGAAAGGGGAAGAAGGGAAAGGGGAAGCAGAAGCAGACCUUGUUUACUCUCGGUUCUUUCCCAACAUAAGCAAAGGUGUCAUCGUGCCUCCCUAUUGCAUUCAUUCAUACUGAGGGACUGGGAUAGACGUAUAGAUAUGCCAAUAAUGAAAACUUGAUUGUAAACUCUCUUGACGAGCCUAUACUAGCAUCCCCGCAUCACCGGUGCUAUUCGUCGCCUGGAAUCCGCCAGAAAUCCGUGUUUCAUUGAAUGAAGCAACCAUCACAUGCAUCAACUUCUGUAGAAAACUCGUCAUCAGCUAU